AUUAAUUAAAUGGUCCAUGAGUUGAACGGGACAAUUAUGAAAAUGAUACCAGGUGAAGGAAGAACAUAUUUUAGCUCGGACAAUGUAUGCAAAGCAAGCGUGAAUACAAAUGAUGAAGAAAUUUUGUACCCAACCGAAUUUCUUAACAACUUAAGAUUCCUUGGCAUUCCUAACCAUGACAUACACUUAAAAGUAGGUACUCCGGUUAUGCUGCUUAGAAAUCUAAACCAAACUGAAGGCCUAUGCAAUGGAACAAGAUUGAUUGUCACGCAUCUUGGUAUGUGGUCUGUCACUGCCAACAUCAUUUCAGGGAAGAACAUUGGCUCGAGAGUAACAAUUCCAAGAAUUAUUAUGUCUCCAAAUGAAUCAAAAUGGCCAUUCAACCUUAAGAGACAUCAGCUUCCUUUAGCACCCUGUUACGCUAUGACAAUCAAUAAAAGCCAAGGACAAUCUCUUAACCAAGUCGGACUGUAUCUUCCAAAACAGGUAUUCACCCAUGGACAAUUAUAUGUGGCUGUCUCCCCAGCAACAACAAGAGCAGGAUUAACAAUAUUGAAUGCUGACGAUGACAUGGGCGACCCCGCAUUCAUUAAAAAUAUUGUUUACAAAGAAGUUUUUCAGAAUGUAUGUCCAAGACUUGCCGAAAACGAGAUAACUAUGCAUACAAAUGACGAUGCAUAAUGGAGAUGAACUGCCAAUCCCGACGAGCAUAACAACAUUUCGGCAGCUAUAUGGCUACAAUGAUCCAGAAAAAAAAAAAAGAAGCCGUUCCAAACGGAAAAGUGCUGAUAAGCACUUUCGGUAUAAAUAUUUCAAAUUUAAUGUGGUCCUAAAUUGAUGAUUGCUAUAAAGUACAUUAUAACUAUUGUAAUGAAUUGGACAGAUGGCGUGAAAGUGAAUGCGAAAAAUGUUUC